CACAGAUUGGCAGGACUCUAGUUCCUACUGGAGGUUGUGUAGAGUUGUUUUGGAUGAAAAAUUUGUUAAAGGAUACUCUUCGCAGAGGAAUUCGCCACAUUGAGUCUAUCAAUCAAUGAUUGAUUGAUGUGGCUUUGAAGGAGGACUAAGCGAGAGAUACGACUGCGACAGAUAUCAUCGGUUGUUGAUCCCAUCCACAAUCAUGGGCAGGAAAAAGAUUCAGAUUUCCCGCAUCACGGACGAGAGAAACAGACAGGUAACAUUCACCAAGAGGAAGUUUGGCCUGAUGAAGAAAGCUUACGAACUGAGUGUUCUGUGCGACUGUGAAAUCGCCCUCAUCAUUUUCAACAGUACCAACAAACUGUUUCAGUAUGCCUCUACAGACAUGGAUAAAGUACUGCUAAAGUACACCGAGUAUAAUGAGCCUCACGAAAGCAGGACUAAUAGUGACAUUGUCGAGGCUUUAAGUAAAAAAGAACAUAAAAGUUCUUCGAAUGGUUGUGAUAGUCCCGAACCUGACCAAGAGUAUGCUCUUACGCCUAGGACUGAGUCCAAGUAUAAUAAGAUUAAUGAAGAAUUUGAAAUGAUGAUGCAAAGAAAUGUGCAGCUCAAUGGAAAUAGAGGACAGUCAUCCCUAAGUCAAGCUUUAGGACCGAUGUCUAUUUCUUUAAACAGUAGCUAUCCAAGUGCAGAAAGUCUCAUGGGGUCAUCCCAAAUUCCUACACAUACAAAUAUUAGUCCAAGACCGGGAUCUUCAGGACUACUCGACAUCAACGGUGUGACAGUCAACGGUUACCACCGUGCCAUCUCUCCAUCUAUUCCUGGAAGCAGUUCUCCAAUAAUGAUGAAUAAACAAGUAAAUAAGCUACAUUCACCUCCGGGGAAUCGAUCCAAUUUACGUGUUGUCAUACCCAGCUCUCACGCCAACUCUUCAAUGCAAAAUACAAGACCAUCUAAUAGUUCUAUGGGAAAUCAAGUCGGAAAUGUUAAUGCAUCAUCUAUAUCUGGUAUAGCAUAUCCGUCCAGUCUUUCAUCGUCUUUCCCUCCAAAUGACUUUCAACUUGGCUCUGACUUAGGAUUGUCAGGUUUUAACUCUCCUAGUAUAUUGCAAGGUUGGUCUCAAGGUCCUUUAUCAGGAGUUCAAGGACACUCUCAUUCAAGUCCCAGUUCAACUAUCAGCAGUUUACCUCACUUAUCAGUUAGCAGUGCCACUCCACCCCCAUCAUCAUCUCCUCUUCCAAUCAAAAUCAAAAGUGAACCCAUCUCUCCUCCUCGGGAUAACUCUCUGAGUUUGCAUCGGCCGCCAUCAGUCCAAGGUCAUUUGUCUCCUGGCCAGUCGCUGGCUCCAUCGACAUCAUCCUCACCAGACCCAAACAUGGACUACGACCCCCACAUCAGCAAGAGGCCAAGGCUCACUGCAGAUGGCUGGGCUACGUAAUCCAAGAACUCAAAGAAUGGACCAUUCAGUGUAUUUUGAUGAUUAUUUACUGUAAAGGCAUUUGACCCGCAUCAUUUUCAUAGACUUUUAUACUCGAACUAUUUUCAUAGUCAAACACUGGUGCAAAUUUAGCUUUCGGAAAAGCCGAAAAUACGUACAUUAGGAGCAGUUUUUCUGUGAGAACUGAUAUCUUGGCUAGUGUCUUCAGCAUUUUAGACUGAACAUUUCAUUCACGAGAAAGAUCUGAUAAUUUUUAUGAUAGAAAAAUCAUAUUUUUUGUUGGACGAACUAUUCUUUUCUUCAAAAUAUUCAAUGAACUGCAUUGAAGAAGAGUAUAAAUAUCUGUCUUGAUAACUUUGUAAUUACGAAAAUGUUUAUGUAAGAAUUAUUGUUAACUGUUUCUUAGUGAUAUUGCCAUCAGCGUUAUGUAGAAGAACUUUUGUAUUAUGAAAUCUAUGAUUGUGUGAAAUGAUCUCGUGGUCAUUUUGGCAACCAAAAUUUUUCCAUGUCAUUAGUUGUAUGAACGCCAGUGAUGGGAAAAGGGAACAUUCUGUACAGUUUUGUUCUGGAAAUUUAAAGAGGAGUAUUUAUUUGAGUUUUAACUAUUUCUAUCAAAAGGAUAUAUGUGUCUGCAUAUCACUUCCUGAAGAAUUUCCAAUGAUGCAACUGCCUUCAAAAGCUCUAAUAACUUCUGAUUUUGUAAUUAAUGGUUUUACCGAAGCUGAAAGUUAGAUUUCUUGUGCCCUGGUGAAAAUAGCUUAUGUGUUUUUUUUUUUUUGACUGGUUGAAUUGUAUUUUGCUGCUGGAUCAGGCUAACUCAUACACGAAAAAUCAAUACGCUAAAUCUGAAGUAUUUUAAGAAAUAUUAUACUGAAAAUUUAAAUCGUCGUCAUUAAAUGAUACUCUUUCAAAUUUAUAAACAUGUGUGAAAAUUGUAAAAGUUAAAAGUGAGGAAAUUAGAAUAUUAUGCUACUAUAAUUGAAAAUAAUAUUACUUCUCAAAUGAAUUGCUCAAUGAUGCAAUAGUUAAAAUUUUUGUAUCCAUCCACUGAAGCCUAAUUAAUGUAUCAAACAAAAUUUUAAAGCAUUUUUGUUCAAAAUAUACAGCACGAUAAACUUAAUCUUGAUUAUUUUGAUUAUGUGCGCUUUACACUAAAACAUUAGGCAAAAGUACUUAGCAUUUCCUCUUGAAUGAUAAUUUGCUGAUUUCGUUUCAUCAGAUUUAAAUGUGAGGUUUACAAGCUUGGGCCAAAAAUAAAUUGUUGUAUCUAAAAUAUCCGUAAAGUAGUUAGAACAACAAUGUAUACUUUGUUUUAGAAACAUUUGGAACAAGAUCUCAUACACUUGUAAAUGUUAUAAGAUAUAUGAUAUGAUAAGAGCUUACUUUUCAUAUACUCCUUUUUCAAGAUGCGUAUCUUUGUAAACUUAAUGUUUUCUGUUUAUUUUGUUCUUAAAACACAAUUUCCCUAAAUAUGUUUCCACCACUGAUCCUUAUCAAUGUUUCGUUUCAAGUAAAUAGAGAGAUCACACUAGAAAUACAUUCCCAUACCAACUGCUUCUUUGAAGAAUCGACUCAGCUUAUGUAUUAAGCCCAUUUUGACCAUCAUUAAAUUUCACCAAUAUGUUUUACCUGGAAUGACCAUAGACAUUUCUACCAUCAGGUAAUAGAACCAGCUGGAUCUGUAAUAUUCAAACACACCUAUAUUCAUUUGAAGAAUAAUCUUUGUUUUUAGUUGAGAAAUCUCCACGUUGUGAUGUCGGUUAGUAAUUCAAUAUGAUUGCGGAUUGCUUCAGGUGAAAACCAAUAUCAUUUAUUGCUGAAAACGUUCGCAUUUGUGUCUGUUUUUAAAGCAAAUUCGCUUUAAAUGUGUGUUAUUUAAAUAUAAGUAUCCUGUCCUUUUAUAGUAUAUAAUCAUGCUCCCAUAGUGUGCUUCCCUAUGAAAUGAUGUAAAAAAAGCCUGUGUAUUCCUCUCUGUGGAAUGUUGCUUGUUUUGUGGCCAGUAGAAUUAAUAUGUGUCUAGUUUCCAUAAACAAAAAGCAACUGUUAUCCGUUUUCCAUAUACAAUACGUUAUUGACGAAUAAUUAGAUUGUGUACAAGAAUCUGAUUAGUCUGUAAAGAUUUCAAAACCUGCUGGUUAGAAAUACAUGUCCAGAAACCAUUAAAAAAUAGUUUUUAGCCAUAGAAACAUUAGAUUUUCUAAAGAAUAGCACGUGUACAAAAAAAGUUUUAAAAGUCAGAAAAUUAGAUGGAGGUAAGUAUAGUUUUACUAUGCCUAGAAGGCAAAAUCCAGAUCUGAUGGCUGUCCAAGAUCUCUUGCUAUAGAUGUGACAAUCAUGGUCGUUGAAUGCUACUUUUUGAAAUACAUUCUGCCUUUCUGGUAUUCACUGAUCCUGCAGUGUUAGAUGUCAUGCACUAUGUCUUGAUACAAGAAAAAUUUUGAGAAAUCAGUGCCUACAACUUUUGCACAAGUAGUUAGCACAUAGACUUUAUAAAAAGUUUGGAAUACUAAAUUCGAUAUGAAACAGCCAAAAGAUUUAUUUUAAAUUGUUUUUGCCCUUUAAAAAUAUGUUUGUUUUAUGAAAAUUAGAAAAUAUUGUAUUUAAAUUGAAGAAAACUGAAGAAAAUAUUAAAGUGUAUAUUUAAU